UACGACAAGAUUUAGAAACUUUACGUAACACAGACCAGAAUAAAAUCCUGGAGUUGACAGAAAUUGUUAAACAGAAACAAGCAGAAAUUUCAUUUUUAAAAGAAAGCCAGACGAUGACACCAAAAGCAAAGGCUGAUCCUAGCAGUCUUGACCAUGCCCAGCUAGUCCAGGAAAAGGAGAGCCAGAUUGAUCAGAUGACCAUUCAGAUAGAGUCACUGAACUCAGAGGUGGAAAGUCUGAAUGAUUUCCAGACAAAGUUGUCAGAGGAUUUUGACUUAGUACAAUCCAUGCUUGAGGAAAAAGAGCGAGACAUUGACCUUCUCACCAAAGAACUCACAGAGAAGUCUGCUGAAAGUCCCAGUACCCUUACUGCGCUGGAACUGGAAAUAACUAGACUCCAAAGGGAUGUUAAAGAACGGAACAAUGUGAUUGAUGAGAAGGCCGAGGAAAUGUAUCUUCUUAAUGAGAAACUAGAACAGCAGGAGACAACACUGACAGAUUUGAAGUCUCAGCUGGAAGAGAAAGUUUCCACUGGAGAGGCCUCACAGGAAGUCCAGUGUCUUCAACAGGAGAAGGAGGUUGUCAUCAAUGACAGGGACCAACAGAUUGCCAAGCUAGAAGAACAACUUGAUACUGUCCAGGAACAUCUGAAGAUUGCAGAAAAUCUACAGAGGAAACUUGAAGAAGCUGGACUGUUGGGUCCUGACAUUCUUUUGAAGGAGAAGAAUGCAGAGAUCCAGUCUCUUCGGGAAGAAGUGUCAGCUUUAAAGAAGAAACUUGAAGCUGUGACUGGCGAUCAGAUGCAUCAGGAAGAAGUGGCAGCUUUAAAGGAGAAGCUUGAAGCUUUGACUGGAGAUCAGGAGCCAGAAAGUUUGCAGAGAGGACAGGAGGAGCUCACAGUGCAUAUAAAGGAGCUUGAGGCUAUAAUACUUAGGAAUGAGACUCAAAUUUCUCUUCAAACUGAGGAAAUGUUAGAGCUUAGGAAUGAGCUUGAGGCUACAAAAAAGAGAGAGGAAGAUGAGCUGAUGCAUCACCAAGCGGAGAUUGGGAUGUUUAAGAAAGAGCUUAACUCGCAGUCUAGUGAAGCAGAGAUAACUGAGCUACGGAUGGCAGGGCUCGAAGACAAACUCCAGGGUGGAGAGGGGCAAGAUGUGACCGAGUUGAGAAGGGAAAUAACUUGUCUGAAUGAAGAGACCGUGGCAAAGGAUGAAGAGUUACAGAUAUUGCGGAAGGAAGUGACAAAUCUGAGGCAGGAGGAGACUGCUGAUACAGAGUUAGAGCUGGAAAGUCUCCGAGGGGAAGUCGUCCAACUCAAACAGGACCUCCAUGUUGCCAGGUCUAGUGAAGUUGGGACACGCCAAGGGGACAUAGAUGGAGUGUCCUUGGAGCUACCUACUCAGGGAAGCCAUCAGAUUCUAGUGCCAGAGAGUGUAGGUACAGUCUCCCAGGGUAAACAGGUUGGAUUGGUACCCCAAACAAAUGUUCCUGAGACUGAGCCUUGUGAAGUAUUUGAGGAGCAGAUUCUCCCACAGACUUUGGAGAGAAUCCGUGGUCCUCCAAUAAGUCGUGCUGUGGAGGAGACAAUCCAGGCUCUGAAAGAAAAAGUCUGCAGUCUAGAAAACGAAGUUGCCAGCUACAAAACUCUAGAAGAGAAAAUGCCAAGUACCUCAAGCGGGAUAUCCUCAGAUGAAAGAUCCCAGGCUCUGGAGGGAAGGGUUGUACAGCUUGAGCAGGAGCUUGACAUGUACAGAGGUCUAGAGGCGAGUCAGGUGGUGGAGGAUCUAAAAGAGAAAGACGAGGAAAUUUCAAUCCUUCGUGAGGCCCUCAAUGCAAUGAAGAGUGGGGAGGAUGACCUCAACAGCCUUUUACGAGAGAAAGAUGACAGCCUCAUCGAAAUGGGGGGUAAGCUGGAAAGCAUUAGGGCUGAAGGAGAGGUAUCGGAGAGUGACAAGCUUCUUCAGGAUAAAAUUGCACAGGUGAUCCGUCUCCAGCAGGAGCUUGUGAGUAUCAGACAAGAAAUGGAGAGCAAGGCAAAGGCAGACAUUUCAACGGUGGAAGAACAAUUGGCUAAAAGUCACGAAGAAGGGCGACAUCUCCAUGAUGAAGUUGAAUGGCUUCAGCAACAAGUGGACUCGCUAAGGGAAAUGAAACUAAAAGAAGGUGACAGCUUGUUUGACUUUGAAGAGAAAGAGAAAAUAAUAGAAGACUUACAGCGGGAGGUCACAGAGCUCAGAGGUCAAGCCAGCGUGUGGAGUUCAGAGGUCAUGUCAGACGGGCAACUUACAGAAUCAACAGAGCAGAAAAUGCAUGAGGUUACUGCACACCUAGCCGCCAAGGAAAGUGAGUACAGGACACUACAGGAGCAGUACCUCAAGGUCACAGCACAGCUGUCGGACGCCAUCACCACACUGCAACAGAAGGAGGAGAAGCUGUCGCAGACAACAGCACAGCUGUCAGAGCGUGAGGAACAGCUGCAUUCCCUCCAGGGGGAGCUACAGCUCCUGCAACAGGAAGGCGACGAGAACCGCAUACAGGAACUGAUGUCUGAGCUACAAGAAGUUCGCCGUGAAAAAACUCUGCUCCAGAAAGAAAAGGAUGCAGAGUUUGAGGACAUGAAAGAGAAACUGACCCAGGCAGUGGAAUUCAGUGAGGCACAGCUACAACUGGUGGAGGAGAAAGAAGAAGAGUAUGUGAAACUGAAGCUGGAAAUGCAUCAAGCUAAUGUAGACCACGACAGGCUUGUUAAGGAUCUGCACCAACAGCUGGAGAGGUCAGAGGCUGAGAGAGAGGAUGAGGUCACAAGUCUGAAAAAUACUGCCAACAUGGCUCAUGCUAAGCAAGCCAAGGUCAUUAGUGACCUUCAGAACCAGAAUCAGCAGCUGCAGGCUGCCACAGAGUCGACUGUAGGAGGAGGGGACGCAGUAGCCACGGUAACUAACCUACAGACAGAAAUCAUGGAAAAGAACGAAGCUGUGGAAGUGUUGGAGAAAGAACUGGAGCAGACCAAACUUUGUGUAGAGGAGAAAGCUGAAGAGCUGGAGAGAGCUCGUACAUCACAAGUGAGAAAUGAAGAGGAGCUUGAGUCAAAGGCGCAGGAACUAGACUUGGUUUACGCUGAUCUACAUAACAGCAAGCAAAGCCUUAAAGCUACAGUUGAGGAGCUUGAGAGGAAAGCUCGGGAGCUGGAAACAAGGGCUCAUGAGGUUUCCAAGCUCAGAGGGGAGCUUGAUCAGUCAUCAGGGAUCGGACUGGACCUGGAUAUAGAUGUCAUUCCAGAACUGGCACAAAAACGAAUCGACAGUCUUCAGAUGGAGCUGAACGCGUCCAAGGCAGCUGUGUUGGACCUUCAACAGCAGGAAACCUCACAGAGGCGUGAUACCAGCCAAGAUCAGAGUGUUGACGAGAAGAAGAGGGAGCCACCUGUCCUCCGUCUCCGUAGUGACAGCCAGGAGAGUGAAGAAGACUUUGCAACACUAGACACCACCACACUGCGGCUGAAGAUGGUGGCACUCACACAGGAGCUAAAGCAGACAUCGUCAGAGCUGGAACUGUUCCGAUCAUCAUCGUCACUCACAGCUAAAGACUACGUCAGGAAAGUGAUGGAGUUAAGGGAGGAGCUAUCCCAUCAGCACCAGCGUCAUAUACACGACAUACAAGAGCGUGCACGUCACGAGACCGACACCACACUCAUGCAGCUGCGAAUUCGCUAUGACGACGAGAUUGAGCACCUGAGAGUACUACACAAGAAGGAACUUGAGAACAAGAUCGGAGAAGUCAGGCGUGACUUGGCCAAAGAACAUAAGACAGAAAUUAACAGAUUAGUCGCACGCCAAAAACAGGAAAUGGAACUGGCCAAGGUCAAGGACCCCGUCCUAGCAGCUGACCAGUCUACCAUGGAACAUGUGGAGAGAUUACAGGCAGAGAUCUCUUUGUCAGAGAAACUUGACAAUCGUCUACGACGGUCGUUGUCUGACACUGCCCAGGGACAAGGUCGGGUCGACAAUGGUGAUGCUGGCAGCAAUGCAGCGUCCACUGCUACAGACCUUUCUUUCAACGAAAAUGUGCCAGCACGUCUCCAGAACUUGAUGGAACGCCUCCACAAGGAAAGUGUCCAGGUGCUGAGUAUGUCCGAGUUACAGUUCCUGAAUCGACACCUCAACACUGAUAAGGUAGACAAGGAGGCUGACUUGGCUGCACUACGGUCGUCCUGGGACAAUGAGAAACAGAGUCUGAUGUCAGCUAUACAGUCCUUAAAGGAUCUCCUCUCUCAGACUCACAAGCUACGAGGACUGGACAAGGAAAAUGAGGCAGAGUUAUCUGACUUUUCUGCGGAGAUCCAAGACUGGCGCGGUGAGCUAUUGCACUCCGUUGGUUUCGUGUUUGCCAAGGAACGUGAGACAUUGCUGGCAGAACUCCGCACACACGUAAUGUCACAUCCAAAUGCUGAUCUCACCGAGAUCCAUAAACUGGAAAAGAGAAUCCGAACCUCAGAGAGUCACCAGCGGUCCGCCCUCGACCAGAUCUUCCACGCCGAUCGCCAGUCAUUAAUUGCAGAGGUGCGUGACUUACGAGCACACGUAAACAUCAGUCAGAUACGCAGCCAGGAGGAGAGAGAACGGCUGUCCGACCAACUCAACGAUGUCGAGGAUCACGGCAACAAACGGGAACGGCAACUCAAAAGACAGAUCAAACUUCUGGAGUACAAACUUCAACAGGAGAAGAUCCUUCAAGAUGAUGUUCGCACUAGUUUGGACACAGAGCGCGAGCGAAACACCGAGCUCUCUAGUACCCUGAGUCGAGAAAAGAUGAGCAAUCUCGACCAUCAGACCGACGUGUCAAAUCUUAAUCUCCAGGUCGCCAAACUCAAAGAGAGUCUGGAGCGUGAACAGAGUAGAUUUGUCUCUGUAACUCACAUGUGGGACGCUUUAGUGGGUGCCUUGGAGGAGGAGAAGGGGAAAUGUCACACCCUUGGAGAGAGGUUGGAAGCCGAGAAAUAUAAAGUUCGUGACCUCAAGAAUGACCUUGAGGAUGCUAAGGUCAGGACGGAGGUCAGGGACAAGAUCAACAGCACCAUUGAGAAACUGGAGUCGGACCUGAUGACAGAACGUGACCUCAGAAUAAAGUUGGAGAAUUCUCAUGAACUAGAUCGAGUGAAGAUCAAUGCCCUCCAACAUGAUCUUAACACGGAGCGUAAAAACUUGCAGAUGUUUGAGGCAGAAUAUGAAACUAAAGUGACAGAGUUAAGAACAGCUCUUGAGCUCGAGAAAAUCCGCGCUGCAGAUCUAGUCAAUGCUCUGGAGAAAGAGCAAGCUGCCUGUCAUAACCUGCGGCAAAACUUGUAUGAACAACAAAGUUCUAUGGAAAUAUCUGACAACAAAGGAAUUGUGGAGGACCUUCAGCUUGCCUUGGAAAUGGAAAAAGCCAUGGUGAUGGAUUUGCGAGGUGCACUGGAACAUGACAAGCAUCGUAUGGCUGGGAUGGCUGCUGCUGUAGAAUCAGAACGGACAGCCAUGCAGGAUGAGCUGGGACAGGAAAGGGAGACAACUCGUCAGAUAAAACAUGAGCUUGACACACUACAGCUACAGAAUCUGGAGUUCACUCGAAUGUUUGAUCGCGAGCGGGACCAGGUGUCGCGUCUGAAGGCUGAGCGAGAACAACUGCGAUCAGAGGUAAAGGCCAUAAAGGAUGCUGAUAAUGAACGAGAGCGACAACGUGACACAGAGAAAAUGUCAGAAAGGCGUCGACUACGACAGGUGGAGCGGGAGAGGGAUGAUCACAAGAUGAAACUGCACGAACAGACGUUGGAGACUCAGAGACUCACACAGAAGGUGUUAGACCUACAGGAUCAGGUGGCUGAAAGUCGUGAGAAGGAGCUGGAGGCUAUCCGUGACCUGGAACAUGAACGUCUGUCCACCAUUCACUCUCAGCUAUAUGAUGGGUUACAGAACAACGGAUCACCGCGAGGAACAACAACAACAAAUACCAAUCACGAUCGAUGGAAUGUUUACAAGGCUCAGCUCCAGAGUUUGAGCCAGAGUCUGCAGUACCUCAUUCUACAGCACAGGGACAGUCUAGACCGCACCUCCAAGUCUGACGGAAGUGGGGAGAUGCAGCAUGCACUCAGUGACCUUCUCAGUGAACUAAAGCAACUACAGAUGCCUUUGGAGUUUGAGUCACAGAAUGAGUCUAACUUAUUGGCACGUCCCAAUCCUUCUUUGAUUAAUGAACAAGUGCUGCGUCAUAAUGCAGACCUCACCAGCUUCGUGACACGCCUGACGGAAGAGAAGAUGGACCUCCGUAACUCCCUCGGUCAAAUGGAAGAACAGCUGUGGCGCUACCAACAAAGAGGAACAACUCACCAGAACGGAGAUAACACAGACGGUGCUACCAACCAGUUUGAGGAGCGUGCUAGCUGGGCCAAAGAAAGGCUGUCCCUCCAACUUGCACUCAACGAUGCUGAACAACGGAAUGACCAGCUUACCGCUAAUCUGAGGAUGGAGCGUGACCGGCGGUCAGUGAUGGGCAGCAGUGGUUCUGAGACUGACAGAGAGAAGAUCCAGAGACUGUAUGGUAAAUACCUCAGGGCAGAAAGUUUCCGGAAGGCACUGGUGUACCAGAAGAAGUAUUUGUUGCUGCUACUUGGUGGUUUCCAGGACUGUGAGGAGACAACUCUUGCCAUGCUUGCCCAGAUGGGAGCGUAUCCCUCCUUGGAAGAUGUUAGUCGACAUCAGCACAGGCGACGCCCCUACAAUAUCUUUAGAAGUGCAGCAAAGGUCGUUGUUGCUAUCACAAGGAUGAAGUACCUUGUGAAGAAAUGGCGACGAGCGACGAGGGUCGGAUCUCCAGUAGUUGGUGGCUCCGUCGACACACAGCAAGCCUAUAUGCCAACUGAUGGUAGCUUUUCACCCCCAAGGGUGACAAGUGGGCGGAGUUUCUCGCCUCCUAGAAUUAAUGGAUCACCUCCAUAUAACUCCGGCAUGUUUAUGGCGCGCCCCUCCAGAGUCACAUUUUCAGCAUCUUCACCUCCGGGGGACUCCGAUUCAAACUCCCCAUCAUCCUAUCAACCCAUAGUAGCACGCCCUCCUGCAGCUGUAGGGUCGACACCCCCAACAAAGGACUACAGUCUCACAAGACACAUCGCCUCCCGCGACCCAAACUCUGGUGCUCGAAGAAAACUAUUGUCUUCAUCCCAUAAAACGAAACCCAGCUCAUAUAGUUCUAAAAGUUCUCAUGAAAACGAAGGUGCCACAUCAUGCCAAUCUGAACGCCCCAAAGAGGCUCUCCACGAUGACUACAUCAAACGCCUUGAGAGCCUACAGAAAACUCUCAGCAGUAUGAGUAGCUCAGGUACGCCACGCCGCGGCUCAUCGUCACCCUAUCACUGAUGUCAUGUUAUUCUGUACCUGAUAUAUGUCGUCAUUCUCUAUGUCAUUCUGUACCUGAUAUAUGUCGUCAUCUCUCUAUGUCAUACCAAUGUGCUACAUAUCCCUAUUGUAAGGUUCAUCAAUGACCAAUAGAAGCUGUUCAAUGAGGAAGUUUGUAUAGACAGUCCAGGGUCACUGAGAGUCCAGGGUCACUGAGAGUCCAGGGUCACUGAGAGUCCAGGGUCACUGAGAGUCCAGGGUCACUGAGAGUCCAGGGUCACUGGGAGUCCAGGGUCACUGGGAGUCCAGGGUCACUGAGAGUCCAGGGUCACUGAGAGGAUUUAAUUCAUUGAUUAGCUAUAUCUUACAAUGUUUGAAUAGACAGUCCAGGGUCACUGAGAGGAUUUAAUUCACUGAUUAGCUAUAUCUUACAAUGUUUGAAUAGACAGUCCUGGGUCACUGAGAGUCCAGGGUCACUGAGAGGAUUUAAUUCAUUGAUUAGCUAUAUCUUACAAUGUUUGAAUAGACAGUCCAGGGUCACUGAGAGGAUUUAAUUCACUGAUUAGCUAUAUCCUACAAUGUUUGAAUAGACAGUCCAGGGUCACUGAGAGGAUUUAAUUCAUUGAUUAGCUAUAUCCUACAAUGUUUGAAUAGACAGUCCAGGGUCACUGGGAGGAUUUAAUUCAUUGAUUAGCUAUAUCCUACAAUGUUUGAAUAGACAGUCCAGGGUCACUGGGAGGAUUUAAUUCAUUGAUUAGCUAUAUCCUACAAUGUUUGAAUAGACAGUCCAGGGUCACUGGGAGGAUUUAAUUCAUUGAUUAGCUAUAUCCUACAAUGUUUGAAUAGACAGUCCAGGGUCACUGGGAGGAUUUAAUUCAUUGAUUAGCUAUAUCCUACAAUGUUUGAAUAGACAGUCCAGGGUCACUGGGAGGAUUUAAUUCAUUGAUUAGCUAUAUCCUACAAUGUUUGAAUAGACAGUCCAGGGUCACUGGGAGGAUUUAAUUCAUUGAUUAGCUAUAUCCUACAAUGUUUGAAUAGACAGUCCAGGGUCACUGGGAGGAUUUAAUUCAUUGAUUAGCUAUAUCCUACAAUGUUUGAAUAGACAGUCCAGGGUCACUGGGAGGAUUUAAUUCAUUGAUUAGCUAUAUCCUACAAUGUUUGAAUAGACAGUCCAGGGUCACUGGGAGGAUUUAAUUCAUUGAUUAGCUAUAUCCUACAAUGUUUGAAUAGACAGUCCAGGGUCACUGGGAGGAUUUAAUUCAUUGAUUAGCUAUAUCCUACAAUGUUUGAAUAGACAGUCCAGGGUCACUGGGAGGAUUUAAUUCAUUGAUUAGCUAUAUCCUACAAUGUUUGAAUAGACAGUCCAGGGUCACUGGGAGGAUUUAAUUCAUUGAUUAGCUAUAUCCUACAAUGUUUGAAUAGACAGUCCAGGGUCACUGGGAGGAUUUAAUUCAUUGAUUAGCUAUAUCCUACAAUGUUUGAAUAGACAGUCCAGGGUCACUGGGAGGAUUUAAUUCAUUGAUUAGCUAUAUCCUACAAUGUUUGAAUAGACAGUCCAGGGUCACUGGGAGGAUUUAAUUCAUUGAUUAGCUAUAUCCUACAAUGUUUGAAUAGACAGUCCAGGGUCACUGGGAGGAUUUAAUUCAUUGAUUAGCUAUAUCCUACAAUGUUUGAAUAGACAGUCCAGGGUCACUGGGAGGAUUUAAUUCAUUGAUUAGCUAUAUCCUACAAUGUUUGAAUAGACAGUCCAGGGUCACUGGGAGGAUUUAAUUCAUUGAUUAGCUAUAUCCUACAAUGUUUGAAUAGACAGUCCAGGGUCACUGGGAGGAUUUAAUUCAUUGAUUAGCUAUAUCCUACAACUGCUAUUACAUGUCUGCUAGGACUCCUGGCCAUCUAAUGACAUUACCGUCUGUCACGGUCAGACACACUGACUAAGUAUGCAAUACACACGGACUUGCUAUAGAACAGCUACAAGGUGGCGGUCGGGUACGCACUUGCUAUAGAACAGCUACAAGGUGGCGGUCGGGUAUGUGCUGUACUUUAUACUUUGUUUUGUGUAUUUGCAGGUUGAGCUAAAGUACUGGGUAAUACUGUAACUGUGCCGACUAACUUGUGUUUGUGUACUAACUAUGUAGCCUGUUUGAUGUUUUAGAUAACGAAUCAGACUUGUGGUAAUCAGCAGGUAAAAUGUUACAACAAUAUCUUCUGUUCAUUUUUAUCCCCAAACAUUUUACAUUUUUUGUUCAUUUACAAUGACUUCCUGUCUUUUCCUCUUUUGAUCCCCAUGUAGGCUAUUGUGGGAGUUGUUUGGUGUUUUUACAAUUUCUCAGUAAAACAAAUUCUUGUGUCAAGGUUUUAAGUGAGAUGCUGAUAUCAGUAGUUUUGAUGCAUGCUUAUAGUUAUAGUCAUGUGAGACCCAGACUGGUGGUGGUCAUGUUUUAUGUCAUAUCAAUCCAAACUAAAACAUGUCAUUACUACAGACUAUUCUGUGUGUGAAAUCAUUAAGGGAUAACAACUAAAUCUUAUCCACUGGCCAUGGGGGGAAUGGAAAGAUCGGAUUUACCAGCAAAUUUAGAUUUUAACCAUUGUAUUGUUUUUGUAUUUGAGAUGAUCUGCAGAUUAAGUUGAAUUAAAUAAACAACCAGUGUACAAAAAAAAAUUAACUACAUAGUAAAUGUAUAGACAGAACUGAUGAAGCUACUGACAGGGAUGUGAUUAAACUACAUAGUAAAUGUAUAAACAUAACUGAUAAGGCUACUGACAGGGGUGUGAUUAAACUACAUAGUAAAUGUAUAAACAGAACUGAUAAGGCUACUGACAGGGGAGUGAUCAAACUUCAUAUUAAAUGUAUAAACAGAACUGAUAAGGCUACUGACAGGGGUCUGAUUAAACUACAUAGUAAAUGUAUAAACAGAACUGAUAAGGCUACUGACAGGGGUGUGAUCAAACUUCAUAGUAAAUGUAUAAACAGAACUGAUAAGGCUACUGACAGGGGUGUGAUUAAACUUCAUAGUAAAUGUAUAAACAGAACUGAUGAGGCUACUGACAGGGGUGUGAUUAAACUACAUAGUAAAUGUAUAAACAGAACUGAUAAGGCUACUGACAGGGGUGUGAUUAAACUACAAAGUAAAUGUAUAGACAUAACUGAUAAGGCUACUGACAGGGGUGUGAUUAAACUACACAGUAAAUGUAUAGACAUAACUGAUAAGGCUACUGACAGGGGUAUGAUUAAACUACAUAGUAAAUGUAUAAACAGAACUGAUGAAGCUACUGACAGGGGUAUGAUUAAACUACACAGUAAAUGUAUAAACAGAACUGAUAAGGUUACUGACAGGGGUGUGAUUAAACUACAUAGUAAAUGUAUAAACAGAACUGAUGAGGUUACUGACAGGGGUGUGAUUAAACUACAUAGUAAAUGUAUAAACAGAACUGAUGAGGUUACUGACAGGGGUGUGAUUAAACUACAUAGUAAAUGUAUAGACAGAACUGAUAAGGCUACAGAAGUUUAGUGUUGGAAAUAAAUAGAUCUUGCAAGCUUUGCUUAACACAGAUAUCCUUGAUGAGCUGCACGUUUUGGUUUUGGCUAACAUUACAGGGCUAACCUGUGUACGUCUGUCACUGGGAUGGUGUGGUGCACGUUUGGUUUGUGGUAGAUCGUAGUACAACUGAUUAUUUGUUCUGUAAACCAGUGUAAACCGGUGUUAACCAGUGUAAACCAGUGUUAACCGGCUAUGUUAGAGACAUCAUUCCUGAAGCCAACUCCGACCUUCGCUGAUAGAACGGUACUUCCUAACCUUGACCUGUGUGUGACACUGGGAUGUAGCGGAGUCAACUUAAAGCGUAGAAAUGCCAAACAAAUCUCUGGUGCCAUGAUUCUAAACAUGAUUCAUUUCAUAUUAACAGGAUAAAUGUAUGUAACAUGGAGGAAGUUAAUAAACAACAUCAUUGCCAAGAUCACCUAUCCUCAGACAGUUGUGACAUCUUCUGAAUCUUUAUGUGAUCCUAUUUUAUGGAUUUUUAUAAACGUUUACACUGUGCUGUCAGAACAAGCUUUACAAAAGGAAAUCCAGAAUAUUUGUAGAUGAUGAUUAAUGCCAAAUCUGUGUUAUCGCUUUAAACCGAUAUCAGUAGCCUUCGGUACACCUCCACAGAAGGUUAUGUGACAGCCAGUGUGAGAAUGACUCUCCUAUACUCAGAUAUUAAAGACAGUGGUUAAAGUGUAUGUAUGUAAACACGUAGGGAGGCGGUGGAAACCAACAAGUUAUCACUGAUGACAUUUUUUUCGGUGUUGAAAAAAUGAUUCAAUAGAUUUUUACUAAACAACGUGAAUAACUUCUAUUCCAAUAUUUGUGCAGAAGUUAUUUUCUCUUAAUUUUUGCCUGGAGAGUGGAUUGGCAAUUAAGACAAGAGUGAUUACUGAUUUAGGCAUGUUUAAACACCCUACGAUGUAUUUACAGUGUUAUAUUUUUGAUAAUGGCACCUGUGAAAGGGAUGUUGACUUGAUGGUGUGUUUGGUUCCUUGUGAUUUAUCUGUGAUUUACACUAGACUAGUCAGAUUUACAAAACAACGGUCACUGGCCAACAUGUUUAUCUGACAAUGGAUCCUCGUGAAUCUAGACACUUUCGCUAAUUUAGAUUGUCAAUAAAGCUUUCGGACGACCGGCGUCUAAAUUAACGAGGUUCCAUUGUACAUGUAUAUGUAGUUAAAUUAUUCACAGUUACAUGCAUUUAUGGGCUGGUCACUGCCACAGCUAGCUAGGGUGUUAGGUAUUCACCAUGUAUCUUAGUGAAGCGUCGUACCACAGUAAUAGUAUGUGUUGUUAGAUUGAUGUAAUAAAGUUGUUACUGAUAAAGGGGACCAGGCCAUGAACUUUAGUAAGCAUGUCAUAUCAUUAUGUGAAACAUGAAAUUUUCCCCAUGUACGAAUAUUUAUGGUUUUUGAGGGCACCUAGGAAUAUUGGUGCUGGGCCGACAACUGGCUUAGAUCAUGAAGGUUUUUAUCAACAGAAAGCCACAUUACCUAGGUAGUGUGCAAAAUAGUAAAAGGAAGUGCUCACAAAUAGUUCAUGUUGUACAUAGUGUUCAUCGUAGUAAGACUGUACAUAGUGUUCAUCGUAGUAAGACUGUACAGCUGUUUAUUGAACAAGUGUUUCUGUAAAAGUAAUGCUCUCAUGAAUUUGUUGAUAGGUUCAUUCAGGGUUUCAAAACUUGCUUUUGAAUGUUUCUCUAUUAAAGCAUACUGUGUUUCUUUAUAUAAUUAUGCAUACAUGUAUAUAUGUUUUCCUUUUUAGAGAAAUAUGUUCCACGUUAUGUAAUGCUACUUUGACGUAACGAUGUGUCAAUGUCAGCUGUGUACCCCGGUUUGAUAUUUAUCUUACCGUCCAUUACCUUUUAUUUUUGCAUAUGCAUUAUAUUUAUUUUUUGCCACUGAAAAUACCUAUGAACAUGUGUAACUUCAAAAUUUUAAUCCAUAGGAGAUCGGAUAUUAAAUGAUCUUUUAUAAUAUACAUAGAUUCUUCCAUUUAAUUGGUGUAAUAGCUUAGAAACUAGAAAAAAAACAUUCAAAAAACAAUUAUUUGUACUUUUUAUCUUUUAGCUGUAUUUUAAUCUUAUACAAUUUAUGAUAAUAGGAUUGAAAUUAAAUUUCAAUAUCUGAUCAAAUGAGAAUAAUUUGGAUCUUUAUAUGAUAUAUCAGAAUUAACCUGUUGAAAUCAUGAAAUCACAAAAUGUCAUUUGUAGCCAAAAUUAUUGUCUACUUAAUCCUAAAGCUAACUUUAUUUCUGUGCAAACAAUUUGUGAAACUUUUUGAAAUUACCACAUCACUUCUCUUCAUUUUCAUGGAAAUGAUUCUCAAUAUUUUACAUUUUGAUGCUUUAUUUUAUGUAAAGUAUUUUUUGUAAUUUUCUUACGCAAUUUUUUUUUCAUAUUUGAAGUUAAACUUUGAAAUCUACAUUUGAUAUUUACGUGCUACAAGCAAUAUGCAUUUUUCGCUGUUUAUGACAGAUUGAGUGAAUAGUAUAAGACUAGGGUGUAGAUAGGUUAUGAUUGUGGCUGAAAUGUGACCCAUUGGUCACUUAGUAGUAAUUUGCCUUAUAUGGUCAUACAUGAAUCUUUGACAAAGUUUAUAAAAUAA